GCUCCCAGAAACGAAGAAAAAACGCCCGUAAAUUACCAAACACGCGCAGCGACCGACCGACCGCCCGAUCGGGCGUCUCCUCCCUCGAGGAAAUCCACCGCGCCCUGGGCUUCCCAGAUCUCGCCGGCGGCAGCGGCCGCGUGGGGCGAUGGCGCUGAACAUGAAGACGCUGACGCAGGCGCUGGCGAAAGCGUCGGCGGUGAUCGAGAAGACGGUGACGACGACGGUGCAGGAAGUGACGGGCCCGCGGCCGCUGCAGGACUACGAGCUCCUCGACCAGGCCGGCUCGGGCGGGCCCGGGCUCGCGUGGCGGAUCUACACGGCUCGGCCGCGGGAAGGCGCGCCGUCGGCGCCCUACCCUGUCGUCUCCGUCUGGGUGCUCGACAAGCGCGCGCUCGCCGAGGCGCGGGCGCGGGCGGGGCUCUCGAAGGCGGCAGAGGACGCCUUCCUCGACCUCGUCCGCGCCGACGCGGCGCGGCUCGUGCGCCUGCGGCACCCGGGCGUGCUCCACGUCGUGCAGGCGCUCGACGAGACCAAGGCCGCCAUGGCCAUGGCUACCGAGCCCGUCUUUGCGUCCGUAGCCAACGCGCUCGGGUGCCUCGAUAACGUCGGCAAGGUCCCCAAGGAGCUCAAGGGCAUGGAAAUGGGGCUACUGGAAAUUAAACAUGGAUUGCUACAAGUUGCAGAGACAUUGGAUUUUCUUCAUAGCAAUGCCCAUCUUGCCCAUCGAGCUAUAUCACCCGAGACCAUCUUUAUAACUUCAAGCGGAUCUUGGAAGCUUGGUGGAUUCGGUUUUGCUCUUUCUGUUGACCAAUCCACAGGUGCUUUGACAUCAUCACAGCAAUUCCAUUAUUCGGACUAUGAUGUUGAGGAUACAGCUUUACCUCUUCAACCAUCGUUGAAUUACACUGCACCAGAAUUGGUCCGAAGUGGAGAUUCGAAAGUUGGCUCUGCUUGUGACAUAUUUAGUUUUGGAUGCCUGGCUUACCACCUGAUUGCUCGGAGACCCCUUCUGAACUGCCAUAACAAUGUUAGGAUGUACAUGAACUCCUUGACGUAUUUAACAAGUGAAGCCUUUUCUAAUAUUCCUGCUGAUUUAGUUGCGGAUUUGCAAAGGAUGCUAUCAAUGGAUGCAGUAUCACGCCCUAGUGCUAUGGCCUUCACAGGCUCUUCUUUCUUCCGGGAUGAUACGAGGCUGCGCGCUCUUCGUUUCCUUGACCAUUUGCUUGAGAGAGAUAAUAUGCAGAAGACAGAGUUUUUGAAGGCAUUAUCAGAUAUGUGGAAGGAUUUUGAUUCCCGAGUUCUUCGAUAUAAAGUUCUUCCACCUCUUUGUGCUGAGUUGCGCAACAUGGUUAUGCAGCCAAUGAUUUUACCCAUGGUUCUGACAAUAGCAGAAUCUCAGGACAAAGGUGACUUUGAGCUUUCAACGCUGCCUGCACUCGUUCCAGUGUUCACUUCAGCAUCAGGCGAAACGCUUCUUUUGCUUGUUAAGCAUGCCGAUCUCAUUAUUAACAAGGCCACACAGGAACAUUUGAUAUCACACAUUCUUCCAAUGCUUGUACGAGCUUAUGAUGACACUGAUCCCCGGCUACAGGAAGAAGUUCUGCGUCGAACAGUGCCACUGUCUCGUCAACUUGACACAAAGCUACUGAAACAGGCUGUGCUGCCACGUGUACAUGGAUUAGCUCUAAAGACUACAGUUGCCGCGGUGCGUGUAAAUGCCUUGCGCUGUUUCGGAGAUCUUGUGCCAUCCUUGGACAAAGAAGGUAUAGUGGAGAUUUUGGUGACUAUUCGACGUUGCACAGCUGUUGACCAUUCUGCGCCAACUCUUAUGUGCACACUUGGUGUUGCUAAUGCAAUCUAUAAACAGUGUGGUGUUGAGUUUGCCGCGGAACAUGUGAUUCCUCUCAUCUUCCCGUUGCUCAUAGCACAUCAACUGAAUGUACAACAAUUUGCCAAGUAUAUGUUAUUUGUCAAGGAAAUCGCAAGCAAGAUUGAAGAGAAGCGUGGUGUGACUGUUACAGAUAACGGGAAUACAAAGGUGAAAGCGUCACCUUCAUUGUCAAAUGGGAUUCAUUCUGAACCAAAAAUGUCAGGAGGCAUGGGACAACCUGCACAAAUACCAGCUGCAAAGAGCACCCCUGCAUGGGAUGAAGAUUGGGGUUCUACUAAGAAAACCAGUGCUCCAUCUCUCUCUAUUGACUCUAGUGCGCAAACAAAGCAACCCUUGGCAGACCCUUUUGACUUCAAUACAAAGCAAUCCACGACACUCAUUUUUGAUUUCAGUACUCAAACAAAGCAGCAACCAUCCAUAGUCUCUCAGGUUACAGCAGCUACAAGUCCACCUGCACAACCACUUCAAUCAAUGCAAUCCCUUGGAUCCAGUUCAGGACCUCAAACUUCUGGUUCAUGUGUUCCUGUUGACAUUGAGUGGCCUCCUCGAAGAAGCUCAUCAUCCGACUUCAAUGCUCCAUUGUCUGUUAACAAGGAGAGUGAUUCCGGAAGGCUGUCUAGUGAUGGACUUGAUGAUAUUGAUCCUUUUGCCAAUUGGCCCCCAAAACCUAGCAGUGCUACCAGCAUUUCAGCAAUCGAGCACCCGCCAAGCACAAUUCAAAGUAUUUCUGGAUUGAGCUCAGGAAACAUAGUGUCUGGUGGCAGCGGCAAUUCUCUAGGGCAAAUGAAAAGCAACCAAAUGAGCUGGUCAGCAAAACCAAAUACGACUAAUCUAAUGGGCAUGAACUCAACUGGCAACUAUUUGAACCAGGGCAACUCUGCUCUAGGGUUUGGAAACCCAACUGGAGGAUUGAGUGCAGGUCUCUCCAAUCCAAGUAGUUCCAGUGCAGGCCAGAGCAUGAUGCAACCAAAAUCUGAUUUUGGAUCACUGUCUCUGUCGACGAAUAAUGCUGGCCCACCCAAACUUGCCCCUCCUCCAUCUGCUGCUGUUGGAAGAGGGCGUGGUAGAAAUCAAGGACAAUCAGCACUCUCCCGAGCAUCACGGCCCCCACAUUCUAACAUUUCAUCAGGGCAACAGCCUAUUCUAGAUUUACUUUAGUAAGAGAGGAUCGCCUGUUCUUUUCCUUUUGCAAAUGUCAACGUGUACAUUCAAACUUUUCUGUCUGGUGAGCAUCGUGCUAUUCUUGGACAUGCCUGUGGCGAAAGCCUAUUUUCUUGUCAGUUUGAAGCUGGAUGGCUUUGGUGUUAUAGUUCCGAAGAAGCUGCUUGGGAGCCAUACUGAGGUUACAUUUUCUCUUGCUUAGUUUUUUUUUAUUAUUUCGGCACUGAGGCCAUCGUGUCAGGUUGGUGGGACAGAAUAAAUAUUGUUGUGUAUACCUCUGUCCAAACUCGGCUGUAGCUUGUAGAGCUCAUGAAUAUAGUCGACAUGUUUAUCUGGGUUGUAAAGUUUUGAAUGCUCAGAACGUACCGCCAUGUCUAAUGGGCCUUAUAGAUGGACCCAGCCUGUGUACUCCUACUCUAUACCUCCCAACAUCAUGUAAUUCGUUUAUUCUGGACAGGCCAUAUUGUGUAGUCGUCCAAACUAAUUAAGGCCUUUCUUCAAUUCUGCCGAACAAGGUGUUGUCGAUAAAUCCAUUCUUGUAAUAUAUCACAGAUGUUUAAAGUGAAUAUGCGUAUUUGCACUUUGGCUUCA